UUUAAUUUUAUUUUCUAUUUCUUUGUUGUGUUUUUUUUGCAUAUAUAUUUUUUGUAAAGGGUCGAAGGGGAGAAACAAACUCCUCCCACCAGAGAUGAAUUUAGAGAAAGAAGUAAAGAAGAGAAGAAGAUCUUCGACCCAGGAAAGUUCACCAUGAGAGCUCAUCAUUUGAGCCUCAUUUUUAUCUUACUAUCAUUGUCUACAUCAACAACAAAAAUUUCUUCUUCUCCUGUUAUUCAUGGAAGGAUUCUACACCAACCAUUGUUUCCAGCUGGUUCAGCCCCACCUCCAGGCACCGACAAUUCUUUACCUCCACCACCUCCGCCGGAUAGUCCUGUUUUUCCAGACACUAGUCAGCCAUUCUUCCCUGAAGUUCCUCCGGGGCAGACCCCAGAUCAGAAUCAACAGACUCCAUCACCAGCUGCACCAGCCAAUGGCUCAAUUCCAAUCGCUGCUGCAACACAACCAGCCAAACCAUCUAAAAAGGUUGCAAUUGCAAUAUCCGUUGGGAUUGUCACUUUGGGAAUGUUAUCCGGACUUGCUUUCUUUUUGUACCGGCACAGGGCUAAACAACCUGGAGAGACGCACAAAGUUGUUGGAGGGAACUCAGAAAGGUUCCAAGAAGACUCCAGGGUGCCACCCUCGAGUUUUCUUUACAUUGGAACGGUGGAGCCGAGUAGGAGAUCGGUGAGUGAAGUGAAUGGAGGAGCAAAUGGUUCACUUAAUCAUAAAUUAGUUUCACUAAAGAGAUCCGAUCGGUAUAGGCCGAGUCCAGAAUUACAACCAUUGCCUCCAUUGGCUAAGCCUCCUACACUUGAGAAUUCACCAACUGCAAUGUCAUCUUCAUCAUCUUCAGAUGAAGAGAGUCAGGGUACAGCUUUUUAUACCCCACAGGGCUCAACAAUCAGCAAUGAAGAAAGCUAUUAUACUCCGGUUUCACGCCCGGUUAAUAGCAAUUUGGUAACUCCGGUGAGGAAUGAAACAAAUGGGAAUACUAAUUCUGUUCCUCGUUCCAAAAGAACAUCUCCAAAAACAAGGCUUUUAGCUUCUUCACCAGAAAUGAAGCAUGUUAUUGUACCUUCAAUAAAGCAGCAGCAGCAGCCUUCUCUUCCUUCUCCAUCGCUGCCUCUUCAACAACCACAAGGUUUAGCAGAGGAACCACAUAAGACUCGAGAAAUUACUUAUGCAAAAAGGCCAAAAUUCUCCUCCCCAUCACCACCUCCAAAUACGGCACUGCUUCGAUCAAUUAGCAACAAUUCGUCCCCAAAAUCAACAAAAGUCCCAGUCCCACCUCCGCCACCACCACCCCCUCCGCCGCCAGCAGCAGCAGCAGCAGGACCGUCAAUACCAAGGACAGUAAGGUCUUUGAAAACCAAUGUGUCUCCAAAACCUGCCCAGGUGUUGAAAAACCAAGAGUCCUGGACUCCAAGUCCCAAAAGUAGUGCGGUGAGUGGGACUCGAAAAUCCAUGGAAGAGGUCAAUUAUAAAGGUGCCAGUUCUUCAGAGAAGACAAAUGGGGAUGACAGGGAUAAUGCAAAGCCCAAGUUAAAGCCUUUGCACUGGGACAAAGUGCGAGCAACCUCGGAGAGAGCUACAGUGUGGGACCAGUUAAAAUCAAGUUCAUUUCAAUUGAAUGAGGACAUGAUGGAGACUCUAUUUGGCUGCAAUUCCACGAGUUCAGUACCAAAAGAACCUAUUAGAAGAUCAGUUCUGCCUCCUGUUGAACAGGAAAACAGAGUGUUGGAUCCAAAGAAGUCGCAGAACAUUGCCAUAUUGUUGAGAGCACUGAAUGUUACGCGAGAUGAGGUGUCAGAAGCUCUUUUGGAUGGUAACCCAGAAAGCUUAGGUGCUGAGCUUUUGGAGACUUUGGUAAAGAUGGCUCCAACAAAGGAGGAAGAAAUAAAACUACGAGAAUACAAUGGGGACAUCUCGAAACUAGGAUCUGCAGAAAGAUUUCUCAAGAUAGUGCUUGAUAUCCCCUUUGCCUUCAGAAGAGUUGAGGCCAUGCUCUAUAGAGCCAACUUUGAUACAGAAGUAAAAUAUUUGAGGAAGUCUUUUCAAACCCUUGAGGAAGCAAGUGAGGAAUUGAAGAACAGCAGGUUAUUCCUCAAACUUCUUGAAGCUGUUCUCAGGACUGGAAACCGGAUGAAUGUUGGCACCAAUCGUGGUGAUGCUAAAGCUUUUAAACUUGAUACCCUUUUGAAACUUGUUGAUAUAAAGGGAACAGAUGGGAAAACAACACUACUACACUUUGUGGUUCAGGAGAUCAUUAGAUCUGAAGGUGCUGGUACUAACUCUACGAAUGGGAAUCUUGAAAAUAAAAUGUCCUCCAACAUUAAGGAGGAUGAUUUCAGGAAGCAAGGAUUGCAGGUUGUGGCUGGGCUGAGCAGAGACCUCAGCAAUGUCAAGAAGGCAGCAGGAAUGGACUCGGAUGUCCUAAGCAGUUAUGUGUCAAAGCUUGAAAUGGGACUUGAGAUGGUGGGAUUGAUUUUACAGUAUGAGAAGCCAGAUAUGCAGGGGAAUUUCUUCAACUCCAUGAAGAUGUUUCUAAGAGAUGCUGAAGAGGAGAUUGCUAAGAUCAAGGCAGAAGAAAGAAAAGCUUUAUUGCUUGUGAAAGAAGUUACUGAAUAUUUUCAUGGGAAUGCAGCUAAGGAAGAAGCUCAUCCUUUCAGAAUCUUCAUGAUUGUGAGAGAUUUCCUGUCAAUAUUGGAUCAUGUCUGCAAGGAAGUGGGACGAAUGCAGGAUAGAACAAUGGUGGGUUCUUCUAGAUCCUUUCGGAUAUCUGCAACUGCCUCACUACCAGUUCUUAGCAGGUACAAUGUGAAACAAGAUGGAAGUUCAGAUGACGAAAGCUUGUCUCCAUGAAGUUGUGUGAAUACAGGUCCUAAGAAAAUCCAAGUAGCUCUUACUCCCAAGGUUAGAGUCUUUUUCCAACUGAACCAACAGCACAAAUAUGUCUCAUUUUCCCUACAAGCAUGCAAAAAGUAAAAUAAUGAAGAAAUGAAAAGCAUAGCAUAGCAUAGCAACUCAAUUUUAAGUUCACGUGGAGACAUAGCUAUUGGCUGAUGAGGUGCGCCCUUUUCCAUAAGAAGAAUCUCAUUUUGCUAAUUUUUUAUAAGAAUGGAAAGCCCUGUAGUGUCCACAGGCCAGAAAGUAUGUAAUAAUAAGGAGAAGUUGUGGGAAAAUUGAAGGGUACCAUCAUCUACAUCCGGAAAUGAAAAGGAUGACCAUAUGAAGAGCAUGUCAUGCCUGUCCAAAGAAACAAAGACGCAACAUAUAUUUUCUGUCUACUUCAACACAUUUUUAGAUCAGGUUCCUAUACAUUUUUAGGUAAAAGAAGAAAUUUUUAUAUUACUUUUAUGCCAUUGUCUGCAUUUAUUUGAUAAUAACUAAUAAUAGAUCUAGCAGUUUUGCAACGUUGCUUUGGUUUGAACUUUCGGGCUAUCUCUAAUUCUGUAUCUCAAGUUUUGGUUUUUCUAGUUGGUAUAGAAAAAUUACUUUUUUGAGUAAAG